AUGAACCAGCUUCCACGACAUUCAAUUAGCUCGCCAAUGGGCUUGAAAUUAAGCUACCCCAAUCCAAAUAAAUUUGCCAAAAGCUAUACAACGGAUAACAGUAAUUUACCACCGCCACCACAAUCACAGCCACCAUUGUUGAUAGAUACAGCGAGCAGCAAUACGCUUAGAGGCAAUGAUCCGUUGCACCUGGGUAAACCUCCGGCUACUCCGUGGACGUCUUCUUUUAUGGAUACAACGAAACCAAAGAGGAUAUGGGUGAAAACUCCCAACGGUAAUCCGACAACGAUUACAGCAUAUAGUGAGGAUAUCGUUGAUGACUUGAAAACUUUGGUUAUUCAAAAGUACCCCAAUACAAUAGGACGAUAUGACGAUGCCGCAAAUUUGAUUUUGAAAAUUGAUGUUUCCAACCUGCGAGGGACAAAUACAUCACCAAAUACAAAUUUGAAACUGGCGGUUGACAACAACAACAACAACAACAUCAACUAUAUAAUCUUGGAACCAGAUCAAAAUGUGUGGCAUUUAUUAGAUACCUAUUUCCCACACGGUAUGGGUAUGAACGAUGCACUUGUUAUUGACGUGCUUCCCCUUGAGCAAGAGUCGCCAACUGAUACUCAAUUCCAUCGACAAGAACAGAGACGGACGAGUUCAUUUGAUAAUAGCAAAUUGGUGCAUGACCCAGUCAAACAGCCUCAUCCAAUCCAAUCUGGUCAGUCGAUGCAUCGACCAAAUCCAAUUAGUCCGCAUGCACUGUUCCAACAUGGCACACCACAUUCUAUUCCGUCUCAAAAAUAUCCACCAACUAGAAUCCAAACUGCCGCUGGCGCCAACUCUCAUUACGUUGAACGUUCUGUUUCUCCUGCAACCAAUGCUUCCAAAAAUAUUUCGCCUGUUCCCAUCUAUCGCUCACUUUCACAAAGUAUCAUUUCCCCUAAUCAAAAAGACCAAAACCCACAAGCUGUUCUCCUAUUGCCAAAGAACUUUUCACUCUCCAAUAAUCAAACAAGUACACCUAGUAGGACUAAAAACUCACCGGAAGAAACUUUAACUACUUCAGAACAACAACAAGCACCAACACCAUCAUCAUCAUCAUCAACAACAACAACAACAGCAACACCAUCAGCAUCAACAAAAAAGCUUUCCGAAGAGGAUAAAAGUGAUAAUAGCCAUAAUAACAAUAAUAGUAGUCAUGACUCGCAAUCUAUUGCUCCACUGACAUCAACUACACUCAAAGAUGUUGAACCGUUUGAUGCACCAAAACCAGAACAGGAUAAUGCUUCAUUUGGAUUGCCAACUUCUUCUCCGUCUACGAGAGCAGACGCAGUGAAAAAGAACUCAGAACCGUUAUCUUCAUCAUCCAUCACCAAAAGCACAAAAUCCGAAAGGUCAGAUCCAACUUUGGAUAAAGUAUUGCCGUCGAUUUCAGUAUUGGUGGUUGAAGAUAAUGCCAUCAAUCAAGCCAUUUUGGGGGCAUUUCUCCGUAAAAGGAAAAUCCACUACCAAAUAGCCAAAAAUGGCCAAGAUGCUAUUGACAAAUGGAAAAAAGGCGGGUUUCAUCUUGUCUUGAUGGACAUCCAGUUGCCGGUUAAAUCCGGCAUUGAGGCCACAAAAGAAAUCCGGCAUUUGGAAAAGUUGAAUAAAAUCGGGGUGUUUGACGAAAAAGAUAUGAAUAAGGUCUCCUCGAUUGCGUUGACAGAAGCCGAUACUCUAGAUUCAAACGUUUUCAGAUCACCUGUUAUAAUAGUGGCCUUGACCGCGUCGUCCAACUCUUCUGUCGAUAGAAAGAACGCGUUGACAGCCGGUUGCAACGACUAUCUAACUAAACCAGUCAAUCUUGUGUGGUUGCAAAAUAAGAUCACCGAGUGGGGUUGUAUGCAAGCAUUGAUUGAUUUUGAAGGUUGGAAAAGCAAAAAUAAUUGGAAUGUAGUAUAA